AAGAAAAGCGGCGUCGCCAUAAGUCCUGAACUUAAAACCCUAAUUUUGGUCGUUCUAUAUAAGCCCUCUCUCUAAAACCUACAGCAGCAGUACGUGCACAGAAAAGAGCUACUCAAAUCAUGAACAAAGAAUUUCUAGAUUUAGAUCUGUCUUUCCUUCCGGAAGAAGACAAGGUUCGAAUUUCAUCCAGUAUAGCUGAUUACGAGUUCCGCCAGAGCCUUAGGACAUAUAAUGCCCUCGUGGAAAGAUGCUUCGGCGACUGUGUAAAUACCUUCUAUCGUAAGUCCCUUGGUAAGCAAGAAGAAAACUGUGUCAGGAGAUGCGCAGAGAAAUUCUUGCAGCACUCAGUGCGAGCAGCAACAAAGUUUGCGGAACUCAACCAGGGCGCCUCAACACAGUAAUUACCAUUCAUUUUCAAUUAGGUAAGUGGACUAACUCUGAACUGAGGCUCAAUAUUUUUCUCGUUUGAGGAGAAUAGACUAACACUAAUAUAUUCAUUUUUUUUUUUUUACUGGGCACGACAUACGCACAUGCACACCUCCCCUUAGUUUUAAGACCCGUGAAUCUAUGUAGGUAAAGGAAAAAUUGAAAUAGCCGUUUAAAUGGAUAUUCAAAAUGAUAGUAUUUAAAUGUGGUUUUGCCGGCCUCAUUCUACUUUGAAGUUUAAAAUGGUGUACUCGUAUUUGAUUAGUGAUAGGAGAUAUGGUUUAGGGAGUCUCUUAAGUUGUCAAUGAUAUACAUAAGGGUGUGUUUGUUUGGGGGUUUGGAUUUUGAGUUGGAAUUUGAAUAGUAAAAAAUUUGAAUUUGAAUAGUUGUAUGAUGUGAUAUAAAUAGGCGUUGAUGUAAUGUUUUGAAUGUAAAAUUAAUUUUUAGUAUAAUAUAAAAAAUGAAAAUAGGUGUUUGAUUUGAUGUUUUUGGGAAAAAAAUGGGAUGAAUAGUGGAAAUCUAAUCCAAUCUCCCAAACAAACACACCAUUAGUGAAUCCCAAAAAUACAUAGUACUCAUUAUGUCCGUCUCUAAGGGUUACAUUUACUUUUUGUGUCAUUGUACUUAACAUUAAAAAUAUUCUUAUAUUUGUAUAAUUUUUUUGUACAAAUAUCAUUCUAUUAGUAUUAUAAGAUACUAAUUGAAGUUUUUUGGUGAUUUUUCUUAAUUUGUAUUAUGUUUUGAUAUAAUAAUUAAUAUUCAAAUAUCAACACGCAAAAAGUAAAUGAAACCCUUAUAGCUGGACGGAGGUAGUAGUAUAUAUGAGUAGUGGUGUCAAUUCAUAUUUUUGAGUCGUAAUUGUUGUUGUGGGUAUAAUGAAGAUCUGCAAAUUUGAACAAGACAUGAAUUCUUUUAGGUUAGGUUCAGGUUAACUGUAUUUUGUUUCAGGUCACUCGAUAAUCCAAAUAAACUCAUAAUUCUACUUUUACCGGCUAACCCAUUUAGUACUCUCAUCUCGGUUAACCUGCCUCAUAAUCUCUCCAAUUUUAAGGCCUAAAACCGAAGGAAAUUCUAAUUUGUGUUGAACUGAAGAAGGCAAGAUUUAAGUAGUAACAAUAUAUUUUACAGCAAACAUUGCAAAAAAAUGUGCAACUGAGAAAAUAGUAACAACUUUUUUUAUAUUUCAUUAAUCCUUCUCUUCGUUUCUUUUCUAGUUUACCUUCCAAUUUUUUAGCCAAUUUUAUGAAUAUAUUUGUAUGUUUUGGGGGCAAUAUUAUUUAUAGGGGAAUGAAGUGUGAGAUGUAUUAUUUUACACUUAAUUGUAGAUUUAUUGUAACAAUUUAUUGUGACACUAGAAUGAAUAUCAAUAGAAGAUGGUGGUUUUUAAAUUUGUUUGGAUUAUUCUCAUCGUCUGGUUGUUGAAAUGCGAUGAUCCAAGU